AUGUCAGCUCCGGAACACAAGAUGGACCACGGGUGGGCCUGGGUGGUCCUGGCCGGCAGCUUCAUGUCCCUCUUUCUCAUAUGUUUCCUGACGGCCUCCGCAGGAAUAAUUCAGGUGGAGAUGGUUGAAGACCUGGGAGUUGGUGCCGGACCAGUGUCACUGAUGACCUCUUUUGCCCUUGGACUGGCCUCUCUGUUAGGUAGCUGGAUGUUCUGCUUUCCUGAGGUGCCCAGUCCUUUGAGUGGAAUCCUGGCCAGCUUGCUGUCUGCCAGAGUCACUGUGUUCCUGGGUUCUGCUCUGAUGUCACUGGGCAUGUUGGCUACCAGUUUGUCCUACUCUGUGUCUGCCAUGAUGUUUUUCUAUGGAUUUGUAACAGGGCUGGGCUUUGGCAUAGCCUACUCUCCCAUGGUGGUCAUCACAAGCUUCUACUUUGAGAAGUACAGAAUGUUGGCCAAUGGAGUCAUCCUGUGUGCCUCAGGAGUCGGCAUGUUGUCUCUGCCGUUAUUUGAGCGCUACCUCAUCGACUCCCACGGCUGGAGAUUUGCUUUUGCGUUCAAUGGUGCCAUCAUGCUUCACAUCCUGGUCUUUGCUGCUGUAUUUUUCCCAACUGAAAUAGAGAAGAGGAGCAUGAUCCAGUUCUCUUUCUCUUCUCUUUGGAAAAGGAAGGCGCGAAAUGAGAAAACUGCACUUGAGAAACAUAGGAACAAUAAUACAGUUGAUGGAAGCUGCGAGCCUGAGAGAGUGUUUGUUAGCUGUCAUCAGAUAACCAAUGGAGGAGUGCAGUUGAAAACCUUGGAGCUGAUUCGCAAGUCUGCACUUCUGGUGGACAGCAGCAGUGUCCAGUCUAAGUCUCAGAAUGGGUCUGUGUGUGGCAACGAAACAGAUUCAAACAUUUUUGUCUCUGCAGCGAAACUCGAUGGAGACAAAUCUGUCCAACCACUGUUAGACAACUCACAAUUAACUUUAGCAACAGAAGCAGCAUUCAAAUGUGGCUUGCUGUCAGAGGACAAGGAAUCUGGAGUUUUUCAUGCAAGUCCUUUCAGAUCAAGGACAUUAUCAGAAUUGAGUGCUCGCUCUGCAGGAAGCACAGUUACACAAACAUCCACACGUGGUUGCGUCCAUCCGAAAGAGACGUACACAUUUGGGCAGCUACGUAAAGACUGUUCAGGUGGCAGAAGUUACCUCGGCAGCAGUUUUGGUUGGGCAUCUUCUGAUCUGGGAAGUUCCUUGAUGCUGCCAGUGAAAAUAGAAGAAAUGAUCAGCGGAGACAUUGAGCAAAAGUCUAGUCUCUGGAGGCAAAUAAUCAGGAUAUGCAGACACAGAGCGGUCUGGAUUCUGUCGGUCAACAGCUUGUUCUUUCUGGGUGGUUUUGCCAUUCAUGCAGUCCAUUUCCCUGCCUUUGCUGAGAGCAAGGGGAUGUCGCGGGCUGAGGUGGCCAGCUUCUACAUUGUCUUUGGCACGCUGCUGAUGAUUGGGAGACUGGGCGGAGGCUGGCUCUUUAACAAACUCAAGCCUCCCUUGUGUGUCCUGAUGUUUGUCCUGCAGUCGGUGAAUGGAGUCUCCAUGGCUCUGGCUCCGUUCUACGCCACCAAUCCAGUGGGCAUCUAUGUCAUGCAGGCAAGUUUUGGACUUCUCUACGGCCAGUCGUACAUGGUCUUACCUGCAGUUUUGGCCGAGAUUAUGGGGGUUCAGGAUCUGACCAUUGCCUUCGGGAUCAUCCACCUGUUUAUGGGUCUUGGCUACAUCAUUGCUCCAGCCAUCGCAGGUUUUAUGUAUGAUGCCACAGGGACAUAUGAUAUUCCGUACUACAUGGGAGGAAGCUUGUAUCUGCUGGGAGCUCUGAGUCUUCUUCUAAUGAUCUUUGUCAAAAGAGAAGCUGAUACUGGUCAUAUGGUCAAUGAUAUGCAACAACACACGGAACAGAGACCAGAUGGUGAUGAAGAACAAAUUACCACUCCACUUGUAGCAUCACACAGCAGCAGACCUGUGGCAGAAUCAGGAGCACAAAAUACAAAACCUGCAGCGGAAGAGGAGAAACUAUGCUUUUGA